GCCAUAGAAGAACAUGAAAGUGAAGUCCUCCAACUUGAAUGUAGCAUGGAAAGCUCUCUGCCAGGUGAACAAGAGCAAAGUCAUUCAGCAGGUACUGAUAUACCGGUAGUUGUUUAUGGUAGAUGGUAUUUUAUUAUGAAAGUUAAUAAUAUACAUGAAAAAAUUUCUCUGUGAAUUUGAUUGGCGUAGAGCAGUGUACUUUUUAGUAAACACAAUGCAAAAACAAGGAAACAUAAUGCAAAAAGAAAGAAAUAUAAUGCAAAUUUAUCAGAGAAUGAAAAACUGUGAUUGGGCCAAUAAACAAUAGAAAUUUAUCAGAACUAAUUAAGUGCCACAGUUUGCUGGUGGGAAGCAUGUAUACUUUUAAAACUUCUCCCUUUUUGGUGUAAUUAUUUAUGCUCUGUUGUCUUACCUAAGUAAUCUUUCCUUUUUCUUGUAACACUUUUUUUAUCAAUAUUUUAUUUUAUGAAUUUACCUGAUUAUUUUUAUUUAUUUAUUCAUUGUGGGUUGUUUUUGUUUUCAUUUUUGUAACCAAGAUUUUGAAAUUAAUAAAGGUGUGGGUUGGCGUGUGUGUGUAACAAAUAAGAAUGUUAAAACUUUCAUAUAUAUAUUUUUUACAUGGACUCAAAAGAGCAGCUAUAUAAUCAGUGAUUUUGUUACCUCUGCAUUCUAUCUAUGUUCCUUACACAUAAAAAUCGCCAAAGACAUAAAAUAAUUCAUGGAUAUAUCGAUCUGAACGUGUGUAUUUGUAGAAAUAUCCCGUACGUGUAAUUUCUGUGGCAGUUAUGGUUGUUGUUUAGUGAUGCAUAUUUGUUUUAGCCUUUGUUGACUUCUGCUUUAAAAUAGAAGAACUAUAUUUUAAUUUCAGUAUACUAUAAUACAGAGUUUUGGAGUGUGUCUUCAGAUUAACUGUCUGUGGCUGGUACAUAAAGGCCCAAACAUUUUCCAUUUUGGACUCAUUUUUUUUAACUGGGACUCAUUGGUUCUGGACUGGGACUCAUGAUUUCUCACAAGAUGAGUCCCAGAAUUCAUCAUAUUUAUUUGUAACAAAAACACUGUAUAAUUCAUUGAUUAGACCUUUUGUCAUGUAAUUCAAGUGUUGUUGUUGUGGUAAACAUGACAAGUCAUCAUGUCUGUACUUAAUUCUCCAUGACUGGAUUGUAGUAUUUUUGUUCUGUUUGUAUUUGAUCGUGCAUUAUUAUUAUGGGAAAACUUACCUUAGGGUUGCAUUACUUUGACUAGGACAAAGUUAAAAUACAUUGAAUUCUCAUAGAGAUAAUUAUUUUUUUGGAUUAUAAUAAUGAGUUCAUUGGUUGGGUCACUCCCAUUAUAUUUGAUGACUGGUUUAUGAAAUAUCAGCACUUAGAAAAUGAUUGUCAAGGUUGUUGUAUUAUCCGAAGUUUCAAAAGUAGAAAUAUUGUGUAUUUUCUAUUUGAAAUCAGGUUUUGAGAACACUUCCACAGAUACAGCUUUAUAAUAGUAAUUCUUGUACAGUUAUACAAGCAUGCAGUACUAGGGUGCGAAGAAAAGGAGGUCAGUUUUGUGCUUGUCCUUCGGGAAGGCUGUAGCUUGCAUCUGUUAGCCCAAGAAUCACAACUCUAUUAUCCCUCAGGCAUGAUAAAAAAUAGAAUCCACUAGCCCCAUAGCAUAUAUGAAUUGUGUAGUUGGUUAAUACAAAUAAUUCAUUUACUAGGAGAAGAGUUGGAACAACACACUCCUGCAGUAGAAAAUGGCCCAAUUGAGGGAGCAAGCAAUGUGCAGGAAACACAGCAACCUCUUCCAGAAGUAAAUAAUAGUAGCCACUUAGAAGAUGACCGCCUAAUUGCUAGAGCAAGGGCAGUUGGUGUGGACUAUGAGUUUCCAAAGCCUGGUGAAGUGGAAACGGAGGAUGACAGAAGAAAAGAUUUUAUUUACUUGAAUCCAGUCCAUUCCUUUUUCUCUCCAACAACAAUGAUAUAUUAA